GACUUUGUUUGUAAAUGAUUCUUUAGCUUUCUAAGGUUGAAUUCGGUUGCAAACGCUAUGUGUUUGAACGACUGAUUUCGUUAAAAAAAUGUAUAAGCAUAUUUUAAAAUAUACCGGAAGCGCGGGCCGGAACUUUAUUGACAUUGUCCCGGCUGACAGGACACUGCCGGCGCUGUCCUUCACCCAGUUUGAGUCAACUAUUUAGCGAACUGACAUCAUCAAGAUCGUUGGGAAAACGCUGCGAGAGAUGGCAGCGAAGAUUUGGCCUGUUGUAAAACUGGCCACCAAGGUGACCAUUGCAGGAGGCGCCCUGUACGUUACCUAUGACUCGGGUUUGGUGGGCAACAGUGAGCAGGGAUCUCAGGCUCUGCAAAAGGCCAAAGCAGCUGUUCCUCCAGCCUUGCAGGAGUGGAUGAAAUAUUUCGGCUUGCAGACUCAGCUUCCAACGAUGCCCCAGGUUGAAUUCUCCCCUGUUAAAGCCUGGAAUUCAGGCGUCCGUUGGACUAUAUCGGCGCUGUCAGAAGCACCAACAAAAGCCUCUCAAUACACAAGUCAGGGACUGCAGUACCUGAAAGAUCUCAUCAAGUAAAUGCAGCGCACUUGCAAAGAGACAUUGCCUCUUCAACGCUACACAAAUUUAAGAUUUGAAGUUGUGAAAAACACUUGAGGCACCUAGCACGUGAUGUUCACUGAAGGAUUGUGGUCUUGGUUUAGAGGAAUUGUACAUAAUGCUAAAGUAUAUUUUUAAACCUUGUUUUGUUAAACGCAAAGACGUUUGCAUCCACUAUUAAUCUGUUCUGCUCAUCCGUCAUCCCAAUAAGAAAAAUACAUUCGUCCAAAUCAUGUCUGCCUUGUAUAACAUCUUGAGUUGUGAUUAAAUAUUAUUUAAAGAAA